AUGCUGGAGUGGGACUCGGAGCAUGGAUCCAUGGGCGACUAUCCUGGACCUCAUGCUGUCCUGAAAGGCGGUGCAGAGUCCCUCGCAGCACGUCUGGCUGCGGAUGCAAAGCGGCGCGGCGUCCAAGCUCCUCGGCAGUCACAGGGGAAGAUCGAGAUGGGAAUGAUUGCUGACUGCACCCGAUGGUGGUUUGGCUGUGACAGUGAGGAUUCAUGCUACUUCUGGCAACUUUUCAACUACUGGCCCCUGAAUGGCAAAGCGCUGAUGUCGAUUGCCUCAGUCAUCCCAGAAGCACAGGCGAUGUCUGACAAGGAAGUGCGACAGGUCGCUGAGAAGCUGCUCGGACUACUUCCUGGCGAAGUCUUGGCUGUGCACAUGACACGAUGGGGACAGGUGGAGUGGGCACUAGGGUCCUACUCGAUGAGCACGAAAGAUGCGGAGUGGGACGAUGUGCGGUCAUUGGUUUCUGGCAUGGAAAGCAGAAGGAUUCGGCUUGCAGGCGAACAUACCCACGAAGAGCAUCAGGGAGGCUUUCAUGCCGCCUAUCUGUCUGGCAUACGUGCUGCAGAGGAGGCCUUGCAAGGUCCCUCUGGAAGGUCGGGGGAGGGCCAGGGGUUCUUAGGCUUGCAGGCCGAGCGUGGCCCUUGCGCUGCGGCCAUGAAAAAUGACGAUGUCAGCGAGGGCAGCCGGGAGCUGGUCGACCUCAGCGCAGAGGCUGUCAGCUCAUUGGGCAUUCACCUUGCUCAGAUCGGGCAGAUCAUCUCCAAGUCCCAGCUACCUCCUAACAGAGGGGAGAAGAGCUCAGCGCACAAGCUGAAGAACUCUCUAGAGAUGUACCAGGGCUACACUGAUGAAGUGCAGCGCAGAAGAAUGGAAUUAGAGCAGAAGAUGGCAGAUGACUUCGCCCGGCUGAAAGCCUGGCGCGCACAGUCCGGCACCGAAGGCAAGGGUCUUGUCGAGGAGCUGGAGGCACUGUAUGGAAAGGUUCGGCAACAGGACAAAGAGAUAAAAAAGAAACAGCAGCAGAUAGAGGAGGAGCAAGCGAGAGUCAAGGAGUUGGAAGAGGCGGUCGCACUAAGGGAAAGGAAGUGGGACUCUUUGGCAGAGGAUUAUGGAAAGAAGCUGGUCAAGAUGAGAAGAGAGAUCGUCGAGCGCGGCGGCCUUUGCUCUUGGCUGCAGUGUGCAUUCGACGAAAUACGCUUCAAGUGGAAAGCAGCAGAAGAGAAGGAGAAGCUCAAAAUUGAGCAUCACCAGAGGAUGCGCAAGGCGCGAGCCCAGGCGCGGCUGGACGUCAUCGCGCGAGAGAGCAAGAAGCGGCUUAUCCAGGCAUGCAUGGUAGCGCUGCAGGAGGAGUCCAUAGAGGGCCGGCACGAGAAGCAUCUUGAAGAGCUUCGGCGAAGACACGAUGACGAGAUCUUGGUGAUGAAUGCACAGCUGGCGCAGGCUUUGGGCGACGAGGAAAAGGCCAAAGAGCUCGUCCAAGAGCAAGUGCGCCGUGCCGCUGGCUUGCUUGUCUUGCAUGCAAGCGAAGGUACGGGAACUGCAUGCGUAGAAGGGUGGCUAUUGUGGUUAUUGUCCUGGGAGGGGCUUGACAGCGCCACUGCACGCAGCUCUCCCAGUCAAAUCGAGCUUUCGACGCAAGUAGCAGCAAUGGACCAUUGCUUCGUACGUGAGCAAGGUGGACCUCCAGCACAUGGAAGCCCGAAGCCAGGUUGA